GUCACACUCAAGACUCAUCGGAGCUCCGUCACUGGACUGUACGGUGUGUCCUUCGUCCGCGCAGAGAAAAUAAUAAUAUUUAGAUAGUUUUUGUUUAUUGUACUCGAUAAAAAUGUCUACUACGACCGGUGGCGGAGAGUUUGGCAACCCUCUGCGGAAAUUUAAGCUGGUUUUCUUGGGCGAGCAAAGCGUGGGCAAAACUUCACUUAUCACCAGGUUUAUGUAUGACAGCUUCGAUAAUACAUACCAGGCAACUAUUGGUAUAGACUUUCUGUCAAAAACCAUGUACUUGGAAGAUCGCACGGUUCGGCUCCAGCUGUGGGACACUGCAGGGCAGGAGCGCUUCCGCAGCCUCAUUCCCAGCUACAUCCGAGACUCCACUAUUGCUGUGGUGGUCUAUGACAUCACCAAUCUCAACUCUUUCCAGCAAACCUCAAAGUGGAUAGAUGAUGUCAGAACAGAGCGAGGAAGUGAUGUCAUUAUCAUGUUGGUUGGCAACAAGACAGACUUGGCUGAUAAAAGACAGAUUACCACGGAGGAGGGCGAGCAGAGGGCUAAGGAACUGAAUGUCAUGUUCAUUGAAACCAGCGCAAAGACUGGCUACAAUGUCAAACAGCUGUUUCGUCGUGUUGCUGCUGCUUUGCCUGGAAUGGAUAGUACACCAGAGAAAAGCAAAGAGGAUAUGAUUGACAUCAAACUGGAGAAGCCUCCGGAGCUGCCGGUUACUGAGAGCAGCUGCUCAUGCUAGUAACCACCCUCGUUCCCCGCCAGGCCCUGCGUCCCGCUCAGUAGACCCCCUCACACACAAACAGCUUGCCUCUCAGUGGUCACUCGCUCCUCUCACGGCCCCGUGUCAUGAGCGGACAACCUUUUCUUUUCUUCGACUCAGUGACUUUUCAGAGUAACCGUGUGGAUGUGCUAUUACUCUGUAUUAAAAUGGAUUGCAAAAAUACACAUAUUAAUAGGGAAAAAAGUUAAUCACAGCAUAGAUUAAAUACUAAAACCAUUCAGAUUCUCAUCUGUUCUGGCUGCAUGGCAUUAAAUGGGAUUGCAGACUGACAUAAAAUCACAUACAAUCACAUCUUGAGUUUCUUCACACAUCAGUGACGUCACUGUCGUUGUGAAUUUACCGUGUUUCAGAGCUGGGGCUGGUGGCAUCAUUUUAAGCCUUGUUUUUUUAAUUUCACUGGAGGAAGAACUUGUUUUAACGAGAGGCUGUAAAUUUGUGUUACUGAUUCAUGAUAUUUUUUUUUUUUUUACAUGAGCAUUACACUAUUUUCUUUUUGGCAGCAGUUAUUUAAAGAAAGAUACAGAAGGGUUCUCUUUUGAAUUUAUUGUUGUGAAAUAUCAUGGACACAAUAUUCUGUAUAAUCUGAUGUUUUCAUGUUAAAUAUGGUUUUAGGGACCAGAUAUCAUUUAAAGGUCUUUUUGUUUCAGGAAAUACACGUGUGGCCGAUAAAAAAGCGGUUUUGUUUGUGACAAGCCUCAUUCUGGACAGGCUAGUUUUCUACAGGAAUCUUCAGAGGGUUGCAUGGAUGUAGAAUGUAUCGAGCUGUGGGGAAAAAAAAUAGGAUUUAACAAUCUUAGAAAAGGGAAGUUGCUUUGUAAACCUAUUUAAUUUAGUCAAAACUGGAUAUUUACUGGCUUAUCCACAACUGUAGUUACAAAACCUAACAUCAAUUGUAAUAAAGUGUAUGUACUAACGAAACCCUUCGUUCUGAGCUUGGAUAUGGAAAGCAAUUCACACUAAUUCCUCUCAUUUUCAGCCUUGUUUUUUUGCCGCGCAAGUGUAGGAACAGCAUGCAGUUUAGAGACGGUUUUACACAAAAUGCCUUGCUUGUUCAAUGGGAUAUUUAGAUUCCUUCCUUCCUUCAACACGACUAUUGCUUAAUGUACAGACACGUCUUGGUAUUGCUUGUCGUGAGACUGUUGGUUUCGUGUGUUUAUUUAUUAUCUCACUAGUUAGUGAAACAGUGUGUCGUAUGCUUGACCGGAAUGGCAGUAAGCAAUGUGUGGGAAUCAAAGGUUGAUGUAUAAUUUGCAUUGCUGCCUUGCUGCUGUAUCAGAAAGACCUAGUCAUGUCACGUUAAAGAUUUUCACAGCCCAUCUGUAAUGCUGGGUUUCUACAGUAUAGCUUGAAUGGGCUUUUAUUUGCUGGAGAGGUAUCAGCGAACCCACCAGCGCUGUUGCUUUUCCUCUCAUUUUAAUGUAAACCGACAAAUCCUUUCAUCACUAAGACUAAAAAGGGGCAUCACGUGUGUUUUAAACAUGGUUUGAUAUGUAAGAAUUAAAAUAAAUACGAGUGAAAACCCUCCUGAACAGCUCUGUCAUGUGUCACUGACUGAAUACUCAGCUGUGUGCUAUUCUGAAGUGUGUUGGUUCUGUUUGAAAUACGCUGUCUAGUGUUUAGCAAAAUUUGUGUGAUCAAAGUACUAUUAUUAUAUGCUGUAAAAAAUGGAAGGUUAAAGAGACACCAAAAUGUAUCACAUGAAUAAAGAUAUUUCACCAAA